GGCAGAAAAUUCCGUGCGUUUGGCGGGUUUCGCUGUCUUCCUAAAUAUUUGGUCCUCCCGCAGCUCGGGGAGCCGGACACGUGAGGACGUAGUGACGCCGCCACUGCCUGAGCAGGCUGCUUCGGGCUCCCAGAUGGCCAUGUCUGUGGAUUUUAAAACUUACGUAGACCAGGCAUGUAGAGCUGCUGAGGAAUUUGUCAAUAUUUACUAUGAGACAAUGGACAAAAGAAGACGGGCACUAAUCAGGCUGUAUUUGGACAAGGCCACUUUAAUAUGGAAUGGAAAUGUUGUUACAGGGCUGGAAGCUCUAAACAAUUUUUUUGAGAUGUUGCCUUCUAGUGAGUUCCAGGUCAAUAUGUUAGAUUGCCAACCAGUUCAUGAGCAAGCUACUCAGGCCCAGACUACAGUUCUUGUUGUGACCAGUGGAACUGUGAAGUUUGAUGGCAACAAACAACACUUCUUCAACCAGACCUUCCUGCUGACUGCUCAGUCUACUCCUAACAACACUGUGUGGAAGAUUGCAAGUGAUUGCUUCCGUUUUCAAGAUUGGGCUAGCAGUUAAAGGGGGAAAAACUCCAUUCUCCUUGGGUCCAUUAGUAGCAGCAACAGAAAUUUAUGUGAGUUAAUUCAUUUCACUGCAGAAGCACUAUAAACUAGUAUGUGCUGAAACUAAGUUUCUUUAAUUUUUUUUUAUUGUUCUAGCAGCACCUUUUCUAGCAGCUGCUGGUUUAAAUCGUUGCCCUUAAGAGCUUUAAUGCUAAUUUUUUACAUGCCUUAUAUACAUUUCAUUAAUGACAUUCUUAUAGUAAUAUUAAACACAUGACUUCUGUACUAACAUACUCACUGUGAGCCCAGCCUACUGCAAAAAUAAAAUCCUUUUAUAAUACUCUCUAUGGGACAUCAGCACAACAUCACUCUCUGGGAGGAAGUGAAGCAUUUUUUUGUUAUUAGGUUAAUUUUGUAGUAGAAUACAUACCUAUUUUCAGUAAACACUGUUAAUGUACUUUUAACAUAAGGUCUUUCCAAAUCAGUUCAAUGAAAACGUUACUAAGUUAGGUUUGCAUAACUACUCUGAUGUGUUCGAAUCACGUGUAGAGAUGUUCAGUAGUCUUUUUUCAUAUUAAGUAAUGUUUGUAUGUUGGCAUGUUUUCUCAUGAAGUAAAGUAAUCUACUAGAGAGGGGUAAAAUGUUCUCAGUUGGUACCUGAGUAUUGGAUACACUCAGUGGCUUAAAAGCCAAACUUAGAAAGCUUUUUCUUGGCAGCUCCAGGUCUGUAACUUUCGGUAAUGGAUGGUAGCAGGACUAAUAGCUUUAAUGGGAGAAUGAGGAGUGAGAAAUGUAGAGAUCCAAGGUUGGCCAGAAGUUAAGAGGGGUGGCCACAUGGUAAAUUUUUGGUACUUUUCUACCUCCUAAAAAUGUAGCCUAUUUUUAGGAUUUAAGUCAUUAAGGUACUAAGUAUCCUUGCCAAAUGGUCAUGCUUGUCACUUUUGUUCUAAGAAUGAUUUUUAAAGGUUUUCCCAGUUCACCUCAUGUUUAUCACCAGUAUACAUCUCAAUUUAUUCCAUAACUUACGGGGGUAAAAUGUCAGCAAUAAGCCUGACCCUGCAGCAGGGUCUGACAGGAAAGUUGGAAACAAAGCCAUUGCUAUCUCUUUGGGACACCCUUAACUUCUAAGUCUUCCGUGUGAACUUCAGGCCAAAAGUCUCCUAUGCAUUACCCCCCCCCCCACCCCCCAGCCCAGGUAAGUGAUUUGUUUCCUGUGUUUUACACUGUCAACUGCAUGAUCCUUUUUUUUACUUAUUUGAAGUAAAAAUUAUUUAGUUUUAUGAUUCGUUCUUCCAUAUGGCAUUGAGAAAAUAGAUCUGUUUUAAAACAUGUUCCUGUUAUGUGGCUAUCUCUGUCUUUUUAAAGAAAAAAUAGAGAACAGCAGAUCUUCAUAAGCCCAAAACUUCAAAAGAACAAAUUAAUUCAUUUUAUGUCUCAACGUCUAAAGAGCUAGCUUUGGUUUCUGGUUAAACUGCAAACGUUUUUCCAUUCUUGAACUUACUGUUUUAAUGCUUUUAAGCUAGAUAUGCCAGCUUUGUUUCUAUAUUGCAACUCAAAGUUAAUGUUUCUUAUCACUUAAUUUGAAAACCAGUAAUUCAUUUACUCUUGCCCCAAACUAAACGUUAUAUUUCUGAUAUAUUAACAAAAUAGAAUUAAAUAGGAGAAGGAGGUGGAACUGAAAUUUGACUACACCUUGUAGUACUGAUCAAAACUUACACGUUAUUCUACUAGGAGUGAGCUUAUUCUAAUUUUGGAUUGGCUUUUUAAAACCACAGUUUUCGCAGCAACAGAGUGCCCAAACACUGCCCUUUCCUGUAUGGAGAACAGUCUCGUGUAAAAGCUGCAUAUAAUUAGCAAUAAAUGAAUUGAGUGGUUGUAUACUAUUCAUGAGUUGUGUGGUUUAAGACUUGUAUAUGAACUGCUUUUUCCAAACUGUAUAACUUUGAAAUGGCUGGAACUACUCUUAUACGGACUAGACUAUUUUUGACAUGCACAUAUUUUUGUAACUUGAAAAAAAAUAAAAUCUGCCUUGUGACAAGUUUUCCUAA